AAGAAAUCCUAAAUAAUUUUCUUCAAAUCUUUUCAUCCUUUUUAAGUUUUUUUUAUGGUAUCAGAGCCAUGAAUGAUUUUUCCGAUUUUUUCUCGUCUUAGAUUCCGAUGGUUCGUCUUAAAUAUGUUACAUGUCCAGAGACCACCAACUGAAAAAAAAAUCUGCAAUUGACAACAUGAAAUCUUAAUAUUUGGAGUCUUUUACUUGUUUAGAUUUGAUUUGUGCAAGCCAAUUUUUGGGUAAAAAUAUCUUCAAAUAGCAGUGCAUUAAUCUGAAGGAUUUUACUAGCAGCAACCAUUGAAAAAGGUAUAUUUCUUUGUUUAAAGAGUUUUGAAUUCUGAUACCAACUGAAACGCUUAAAUCAAUAUAUUUUUCUCUUUGAUUUUUUUUUUUGUAGUAAAAAUUUUUCCGAAGAGAAGUGUCAUGGCUGAAGAGAUGAAUAUCGGUCAGCUGGAUGAAAAUUUGAUUCUGAAAAUCCUUUCUUUAGUUCCAAUAAAAACUGCCGUGUCGACGAGUGUCUUGUCUAAAGAAUGGCAGUCUCGUUGGAAGUCGGUGCCAAAACUGAAGUUUAAUUCUGAGGACUACCAGAGUGAACACCAAACAUUUUCAGAGACUGUGUACAAGUCUCUCCUUUCAUAUGAAGCUGAGGUUCUAGAUAGUUUUCAUCUCAGCUUUGGAUCAGAUAAACCUGAUGCAGUAGAUGUUGUAAAUUGGAUUAAAACAGCGUUUGCUCUACAUUUGCGUACAUUGGUACUCGAAUUUCUCAUCUAUCCAUACGAGGUCGACGAGUUCAUAUUUACGAGUAGCUUGUGUACUUGUGAUACACUAGUGACUUUGAAACUCGGAAGUCUGAUUCUUGUAGAUAUCCCUGCACCGGGUUCGAUGAAGUCUCUUAAAACGCUGCAUCUUAUUCAUGCGUUCUACACAAACGAUGAAUCUAUCUGUAAUCUUUUAUCUGGCUGUCCUAGACUUGAAGAACUCGUUGUGGAACGAUCUUGUGAACACAGUGUGAAAUUUUUCACUAUCAAAGUCCCUUCUUUGCAGAGAUUAAGGAUUUAUGAUGACAAUGAUGAGGACGAGUUCGUUGGAUAUGUGAUAGAUACUCCUUAUUUGAAAUACUUAGAGAUUGGAUACUUAGGAUGUCCACAGUUUUCUCUGAAUGCACCGGGGCUGGUGGCGGCAUAUAUUGGUAGAGUUUCUAAUGUAAUCAGUGAAUCUCUCGUUUCAGUCAGACGUCUUGCCUUGAAUGUAUCAACUUCGAUGACUAUAUAUCCUCCUACUGGAUGUAUCUUCUAUCAACUGGUGUAUCUACAGAUAUAUACGCAUGAACCAGGCUGGUAUGAUCUACUUACGUGGAUGCUCGAACAUUCACCGAAACUACAAGUCCUGAAGCUCGUUGGUAAAUAUAGGAUUAAUCCUGACUAUCAUGUUCUCGGCUGGGAAUGGAAUAAGCCAAAGUCUGUCCCUGAAUGUUUAUUGUCACAUCUAGAGACAUUUGUGUGGAGAAGAUACGAUUGGAAAGGAGAAAAGGAAGAAGAAGUGGCUACAUAUCUUCUAAAGAAUGCAAGAGGGUUGAAGAAUGCGACUUUCUCUACAGGUCCCAUCGAACCGGGCCAGCUUGACAAGUUGAAACAGAGACGUAGGACACGCAAAAAAUUGGAUGGUGUGCUCAAGGCUUCUAAUACAUGCCACCUUGUGUUCAAGUUUGAAUGAUUUUAAUUAUGUAUUGGACUCUGCUAUACUUACAAUAUAGAGAGUGAACAAAAUAUGGCGCUUCUAGCUUAAUCGGUUAUCGUUUUAGACUUUUAAAACAGCUUUCUCAA